UUCAAAACAACUUUUGAAGUAAGUUGGAGAAACAAGUCGAUUUAGUCUCUUCUUUCCAAUAGGAUUAACAAGGUCAACUUUACAAAACUAGCAUUUCAACUUAACCCAUCUUUAACUCGUUCAAACGCGAUAUGUUGACAUCAUUCACUAUUCCAGUCAAAUAUAUAAUUUUAUUAAUUAUAUUGUGUAAAGUUUGCAAAAGUUAUAACCUACCACAACAAUCACCAAAAUCUGCCCCUAAAUUACCUUCGUCUUCUGGAUCUUCUCCACCAACAUCUAAACCAUCGUCAAUCGGUUCCUAUGAAAAAUGUUACGAUGACGAUGAUGUUGCCAAUGGACAUCUUUCUGAUAGUCCAUCUGAAUAUUCCAGAACACUGAUUUCUGGUUUACAUAAAUUUUCAAUUGACAUCUUGCGUUCUCUUCACAACUUUGAAUCUAAAGAUUCGUCCCCUGGAUUAAUUCUCAGUCCGUUCUCAAUCUGGUCAGCUCUUCUUGUUUCUUACAUGGGAGCUCGUCAUGAAACUGAUCGUGAGUUAAGGUCAGUUCUUGGUUUAAAUAAUGUUCCUAAACAUGCUGUGGGUAUGGCAUAUCAGGGAUUACGUUUUUGGUACCAAUUGAAGAGAAACGUUUCUUUAGUGACCAAGGAGACUUCCAAAAAACAAGCCUAUUCCAUUGCGAAUAAAAUUUUCAUCAAUGAUGCUUUAACCCUCAAUGAUUGCAUCAAGCAACAUUUUGCGACUGAAGCCGAGUCUAUGGACUUUACAUCUAACCCGGGCGGUGCUCUUAAAGCAAUCAACUCUUGGAUUGAAGAGGAAACUCACGGUAAAAUAAAAGAUCUCAUUCCACCUGGCAGUGUGACCCAAUGGACAACAAUUAUCAUUGCCAAUGCAAUUUAUUUCCAUGCUAAAUGGUACAACCAGUUUGAUGCUUCAAAAACUGAAAUAGGCACUUUCCAUGUUACCCCUGUUGAAUCUAUUCAGAUUCCUUUCAUGAAGUUAACCGCCAAUUUAAUGUAUGGUGUCAGUGAAGCGCUUCGAUGUACUGUACUUGAGUUACCUUAUGCUAAUCAAGAUUUCUCAAUGUUAAUUCUUCUCCCGGAUGCAAGUAAAGGUGUUGACUCAUUGGUUCGCCAAUUGAAGCCCAGCCAUUUAGAGGAUGUAGUGGCCAAUAUGUUUGACGAUGAAAUAUCUGUCGUUCUACCUAAAUUUAAAGCAGAACAAGAGCUUGAACUGUCUGGACCUUUAUACUCAAUGGGAAUUAUGAAGCUAUUUGACCCAAGAUUUGCCGACUUAUCUGGUUUCUUCCAGCCAGCGUCUGCUAACAAAAAUGGCAAGAACAAAAACACUACUCAUGAAUUACAAACAAAGGGGAUUACAGUCAAUUCAGUUGUUCAUAAAGUAUAUGUUUCAGUUAAUGAAGAAGGAACCGAAGCUGCCGCAUCAACAGCCAUCCUUAUCGCUCGAUCAGGUCGACCUGCUUUUCCAACACGGUUUGUUGUUAAUCGACCUUUUCUUUUCUUGAUUAGAGACACAGCAACUAAUGUUAUACUCUUCAUUGGAAUCGUUAGAAGGCCAUAUGAAUAAGUGGAAAAAUAUUGUAUAUAUAUUUUUGUAAAAUAACCUGUUACAUAAUUUUGUAAGUGAUUUGUAUUUCCAUUGAACAUCUGAAUAAUUAUCUGAAUAUUUCUGUCAUUUACAUCAUAAUAACUCAAAUCGACUGAAUAACUCAUCUUUGUAAAUAAAAAUCGUUUAAUUAAUAAACUUGUAAGUUGAUUUAUCUCAAAAUGGGACAAUUUCCCAAAUUUAUAUUUUAAA